GUGUCACCACUCCCAAAUAAAAGCUGAGUUAGCGUCCUUUAGAGUACUUUUUCAUUCGAUUUCGCGUGGCUUUGUUAACCUCAGACUCUCGAGGUUUCUUUAUCCUUAACCAUUGGCUCAAGCGGAAUCGAUAUGUGAGUACAUUUGUCAUUAUUUUAGGGCAACCGAUGGUACCAUAUGACAAUUUCUCGGCCCCAAAAGUUGUUCAAGCAAAGCAAACUGAAUUACGAAGCCAGAGAACAAAAAUACUGCUGAACAAGGCAGUUGGACGUGCCAUGAUGAAAGAAUUGAUAGUAAUGAUUCUUUUAGCAAGCAUCGGACUUACAGAUGCCGGAGGAAAUCAAGAUCGUCUGUCAUGUUUUGGUUGCGGUAGUUACAACUCAUGGGAAGAAUGUGGUACAAGAGUAGAGGAACGCAAUUGCCAGAAUGGAGAAAAUCGUUGCGGAUUGCUUUCAUUGCGUUCAUCUGUUCAACAACUUUACCUAAAAGGAUGCUUUAAAAACACUGACUGUAUAAAUUACCAGCAUCCAAGUUGGUGUUCACAGAAUGCGCCCGCUGACCCACACUGUUUUAGUAACAUAAUUUGCUGUGAGCACGAUUUCUGUAACUAGGCAUAUAUUGAAGGAAGUCAAAUGUCUUAACGACAAUAAAACAAUUAUUGUAGCGGUAA